AUGGCACAGCGACCCCGACGAGCGCCGGCGUCGGUCCUUGGCGUCACCGACGUCCUCACGACGAUCAUCCAGUGCACGCCAAAGCCCAAGGACGUGCUUUCGUUUCUUCAAGCGCUGCCACCGAAUGUGCGGACGCCAGCGAUGGCUGCGCUUCUCCAGCUCUUGGUGCCCUCCGUCGAGGCCAAGAAUGGCUACAGCUACUAUUGGCCGCUGGCGUGGCUCGGCAAAUCGAAUGACGAUGACGUCGAACUUGUGGUCGCCGCCGUGCCUCUUUUCAACAACAUUGUCCUCGACGGCUUCUCGACGAGCCAGCGAUGGCCAGCGAGUGACGACCCCAACUAUAGCUUUGGCUUUUGCGCGUUUCUGGCAAAGUGGGCCAAGAAGGUGGUACAAUUGAACCUCUUCAAGAUUUCUGCCAAGAAGUACCGCCCGGAUUUUUGCCGUCUACUGCGCCAGUGCACAAACAUCAAGUCGGCGUUCAUGCCGUACGAGCCCGACCUUCUCGAGGCACUGAUGACCCCCGCCCACAACGUGCCGGACCUCGAUUUUAUCCCCCCGACUUUAAAAACGCAUCCGCUGGAAGCAGCGGCGCUCAUCCAGCGCUGGCUCGCGUCCGGUCCCGAACGUCGCGCCAAGUUUCACAUGCUGCAAGCCGACGCUGGCCUCGCGUGCGCGCUCGCCUCGUCCCCGCACCUGACGAGCCUCGACGUGAGUCAUUCCGAGUGCAUUCUCUCCAGCCUCAUUUUGAACAGCGCUCGUUUGACACACCUGACCGAGCUUGUCCUGGCUUGCGUACAUGGCACGGACGCGCCGGGGGACAUUCUGCCGUUGCUGAACCCGCAUGUACUCACGAAGCUCUCUAUCGAGAUUGUCGCUCGCACCGAAGUCGUUGGACUUGCUUCAGCGCUCGCCGAGCUCGUGGCGCUCGAACAACUCGUCCUCAGAUGCAUCGAUCUGCGCACCUUGCCGAGGAUCAAUGGCGCCGCGGUGUCGGCGAUGCGAACGCUUGAAUUCUGGAAAGUGCAAUUGACGAGUACAAGCGUGGCAAACGUGCUCGACUGGGUCACGCGCUCGCCCCGUCUCGAGUCGGUCAUACUGCGGUACGCGCGCGCGACGGCCUUGGCCAACGGACUCCGCAACACCCAUGCGCGCCAUCGCACCAUCAUCGACCUCUCGCGCAACAAGGUGCUGAUCGCAGCCGCACGCGCAAUGCUUUCGGCCCUCGCCACGUGCACCAACGUGUCGAUCAAACUGACCAACAGCCUACGCACGCUCUCGGUCGACGACCAGGCCAAGCAAGCGGGCGUCACCAUCGAGUGGUACCAGCGCGACGUAUGGCCGAGCUGCGGGUUGACGCUGCAUUCAACUGGCACCUAG